AUGUCUGGCAUCAUAUGGAACGUGAGGGGGUUUGGGAAUUUGGCGACACAGAGGAGGGCUCUGUUUCUGAGACGACAUCAUCAACUGAGUUUCUUAGCAGUGUUGGAGCCUAUGGUUGAUUUGGACUGCAGGUACAUGGCUCUGCGAAUGGGGUUUGAGGAGGUAGUCUCUAAUAAAUCUGGGAAGGUUUGGUUUUUCUGGGAGUCUACUAUUGCUUGUAAAGUUUUGUUUGAUCAUGACCAGUUCCUACACUUGGAGCUUUCUUCGCUGCUGUUCCCUUCUUCUAUGAUUGUGACAGUGGUCUAUGCCAAGUGUACGAGGUUAGAGAGGAGCGUAUUAUGGGGGAGCUUGGAGGAGCUGAGGCCAGAGGGCGACAAAUUGUGGCUAGUGGGAGGAGACUUCAAUGUCAUAUCUAGCAUGGAGGAGCACUCAGCAGGAGUUCUAGCUAGGCCAGGGGCCAUGGAGGAUUUCAAUAAUUUUAUCAUGCUUGCUGGACUGGUGGAUGCAGGUUUUGUUGGGGACAGGUACACAUGGACGAAUAACAGGGUGUGGAAGAGGUUGGAUAGGGUUCUCUUGUCCCCCUCCUGGAGCAGUCUGGAUUUCACAGUCAGAGUGGAGCAUUUGAGCAGGGCAGCUUCAGAUCACUGUCCCCUACUUGUGGAGUUCCCAGGCUUCCAGAAGCCGAGGGCCUCCUUUAGAUUUCAGAGGAUGUGGGUGCGACACAGGGAUUUUAUGCAGACGGUGAGGCUGAAUUGGUGUUUACCUAGUGUGGCACAGGGACUGCAGAGGCUACAGAUGAAGCUGAGGAGGCUGAAGUUGCAUGGAGGUGUUUGGUAA